AUGGGCAAGGUCAUGGCCCAGGAGGCCAAGGAGCUGCGCAAGAUCGAGAUCCAGCUCGCCGACUUCGAGCGGCAGCACGACGCGCUCGCCGCGCGCCUCGGCGAGCGCGUGCGCCGGCGGCGGCUGCUGCGCGAGGAGCUCGGCAUGGCCGAGGCGAAGCUCCACGAGGUCGUCGAGCGGUCCCACGAGGAGUACCUGAGCUGCCGCCACCAGCUCACGGCCUUCCAGAGCCGCCAGGCCAUCGAGUCGAACCUCGCGGCCCGCGGCUACUCCAUGGGCUCGCGCGGCCGCGGCUCGUCGAAGCGCCGCGGCGGCGACGCCGAGGCGUCGACGCCCAAGGCGUCCCACGACCGGCAGCCGGCGGCGCCGCCGUCCUUCCGCCCAAAGUCCGCGCAGCGGCCGGGCACCGCGAACCGCAUCAUCGCGACGAAGACGCCGGAGAAGACGAAGCGACCGAAUACGAGCGGCGGGCGGGUGCUGGGCGGCAAGGGCGGCUUCGACCGGAUCGCCUAA